AUGGUUGAGAAUGAACCGCCUCUGUCCCAUGGGAGGUUGGCCAUUGAGACCGCAAAGCAUUGGUGGAGGCCGAAGGUGACAGGAGGCAGAAGCCUGGUGCAGCCUUGCAAGGAGACAAAUAACCACAAGGAGAUGGACAGGUCACAUGCUUAUCUUGAUAGACUCUAUCACCUUGGCGUGGAUGAGAUGAUCAGACGCCGUGGCGACUACUGGCAGAGCAGGCUGAGGACUCAAAGCUCGCAUCAAUACGUCAAGAGACCUUGGAGGAUACUGGUGUCCAGAAAGCCGCUCUCUGCAGCAUUGACUCUCGCGCACGCGCAGCUUGGCCUCGUCUUGAUGAUGCUCAUCUUCAUCUUCCUGCAUCCUCAUGACUCUCUCCUCGUACAAGUCAGGAGCUUGAUUGCUCAAGAGACUUUCUCCCACUUCCGAGUCUCUACCGUGCACAACAAGUCAUCGUUGAGCGAGAUAGAAGGCUGGGGUGUCAUGUCUCAAGGACACUUGUUUCCUACCCCUGAGGACGGAGCUGAGGUGUGCCGGGCGGAGUCGAGGAUACAGAUACACAGGAUCUCUCCAGACGGAGACGCGAGCUACAUCACGAUGCGUCAUGCGACAGUCACAGACGGGAUCUACUUCCUGUUGACCGAUGGAGGGGGGCCAGCUCGGCUAGCAGACUUGAAGAUAGAAGGGUCGAGCGACGGGCAUCACUGGAAGGACCUGAGGAGGUCAGGAGCGUGCGGUCGUGCGGUGAUGAGAGGACUGGGGAGGGAGGACCAAGACAGAUCCGGGUCCUUGACAUGCGGUAAGGGGAGGAGACAGCUGAUUGAGCUGCAUCUAUCCGGGGUGGAAUGCAAGUGGAUGGAGUACAUGGACGCAUGUAGGAGCCUGGUAGCAGUGAUCUGCAUCGUGCUUGCGCUGGUCUUGUCCCGGACAGAGAAGUACGAAGGUGCGGUAAAGGCGAUGGGCCUUGGAAGCCUCUUAUGGUCGAUGACGUAUCUGGGACUGUUCUGGCGGUAUGAGUGGGGUCACUACAGCACGGCCGAGGCUUUGUAUGCACUGCAAGCGCUGGGGGUGAUGGUGAUCUUUCCAGGUCCUGCGGUGAUCUCCGAGGCCGUCGCGUUUGAGCAGAUGCUCGUCUGCGCGUUGUACAUGAUCGCCUGCUCCCUUGCCCUGACCGCAAGGAUCAGUGUCAGCGCCAUCCUGGCUCUGACCUUCAUGGUCUUGUUGUUAGUGCUGAGGGAGGGAACCAAGCGGAGAUCGAGGCGAGUAGCCAUGGAAGGCGUGGAGGAAUAUGCAUCGAUCUUCGACGAGAGCAAAGAGCAGAUUCUUCCCUACUUGGACUCUCUCUCGCGGACGAUCUCAGAGCUCAAUCUUGAAAGCCAGCGACGUACCUACAGGCACCAUACCUCGACAAGGCAGGCUGAAGAGGGCUUUGCCUACGGCCUUGGAAGCGAGCGCUUCACACGAUACAUGGCAGCUCAGUCAAGGGACAGCCGAGUCAAGUCACUCGACCAACUCUUCCUGCAGGCAAUCGUAGUGCACGACCAGUUCCUCAGCAAGGUCAAGGCGAUCUGCUCGGGUCUCGACGGAGUCUCGCUAGACCUUGCCCCGGAUGGAACCUUGCUCAAGGACUUUGAGGGGUGCGUAGAGAAGGCUGUUGUAGCUUACGACGGUGACGUGUCGAGGCUCGUGGACGUCGUGAGCACCAGGUUGGUAUGCAGGGACUUGAGAGAUGUCCGGUCUUGUAUUGAAGUGAUAGCAAAAGAUCCAGACCUCCAAGUCAUCCGAGUCAAGAACAGGUUCGAUCGCCACUACGAUGCCCGGCAGACAGGGGGAUACAGGGACGUGUGCUUGAACGUGUGCCUGGUGACGGACGAGACGUGGAGGGUCGGGGUGUCGGGGCACGUGUGCGAGCUGCAGCUGGCGCUUGAGAGCUUCUUGGGAGCUUGGAAAGAAGAUGAGGACGAAUCGUACGUGUUGUAUGAUCAAGUCUGUGAGCUGUUGGGAGAUGGAGACGGGUCAACAUAUCAACGGGUCAGCGGCAUGGCGCUGCAGGACAAGCAAUGGGGGAACGAGGAGCCAUGCGGUCACACGGAGAAGACUGUCAACGCUGCAUCCUGCGACAUGGCAGCAGAGGAGAAUCGCGUCCGGGCGUUGAUGAGGCAGAAGUGCUGCUUCCCGGGUGACCUGUUGGAGAGGUACUUAGCGGAUGUUUGCCAUGGAGUGGAACGAGCUGACAUAAGCAGUGUGAUGUUCGGGACAGCUCCGAUCAAGCUAGGCUCACAGAAGCUUGCGCUUCAGCUUUUCUUGGUAUUGCAGGCGGCCGUGCAGAUAUGGAGAAUCUUCAAGCCAAGUGGAGUGAUGGAUACUAUUUGUACAGAGAUGUCUUUCACAAGUCGCCACCUGCGCUUCACGACGUUGAUGGCCAGGGACGGAAAAUCUCCGAGAGGCCCUGGGAUUGCAAGCGUCGGUUUGCUUCACAACGGCUACGAGCUCAACUGCUCCAAGACAAGGCUCUGGGGCUACAACAACUCCCUGUACGCUUCUUUCGAGGAGGCGGUCGUUGCCAACGGAUGGUUCUUUCGCACAAGUGUCGAGAACGGCACAGAGGAGAGCGACCCUGCGUUGUUUGUCUUUUCCUUCUCCUCGGUUCCCUCCGAUGCGCCCUGGACGCUUCCAAGCAGAGCCUGGGAAGUAUACGGGGGACCGGAGUGCCACUGGAAGAUGUAUUCGGCAAGAUGUCACCCUCUAGCACGACGAGAGUACAAGACAAGCAGAUUGCGCAACCAUGUCCACGCGUUCGAUCAUCGACCGCCAUGGUUUCAAACGAUGCAUAUACAAUACGGUUUCUUGGUAUCGUUCCACUAUACCAUGACUGCUGUGAUGGGAUGGAUGCGGAGACCGAUUGCGGCGAAGUUCUUUUGGGUAAACCUGUACUUCGUGCUGGGGAGCAUGGUGUUUUGCAAGGCAGUGAUGCAUGUCUUGUGUACCACCAUAGAGUCAUCCUUCUACUGGUGGAUCGUGGGAAGCUCGCUCUUCGGACUGGGGCUGACGAGCUGGUUCAAAGAGAGAUAUGUCAUGCACUACCUGCUGUUUCAUGCAUGUCUGAGCUCUGUGGCAAUCAAUGUUUACUCGUGGUUGUAUCUUGGCAUCGGCUUCAGAGCUCCCAGCAGCGCUCCCGUCCUAAUCUUCACAUUUGUUGCCUGGUUGCUGUACAACAGGAUCGUCUUGUAUCGAGCAUGGCAGCACGUCGCAGAAGAUUGCAGGCACUAUGACGAUCUGACGACGAAGUUGUUGCGAGAUCCGGACAGCCAGCGAUGUAUAGAAAAGAUCUCAACACUGACCGAGUGUCUGGGUGUAGGGCGACAGUUGUCACAGUACCAGGCCGUGUCUCGCUUCCGACGAGGCUCUCGAUUCGGGUAUUCCUCCGCUGGGUUCGUAGUGCGAAGUCAAACAGCUGUGGGAGUGCUGAUGCGUCUGCUUGAUGGGGUGAAGGGUAUGCUUGGAUGGACUGAGGCAGCACGAUCGAGACAGAUCCAGUGCUUUGAUCAGCUCUACAUGCAGGCAUUCCUGCUGGACCCGCUGUUUCUAGACAAGGUCAAGAGUCUCGCAGAGAGGGCGGGAGGCUUCUGCUUGGUGGAGGAUGAAACGAGCGAAGCCAGGUGCAAGCCGAUGCGAUGGAGGGACUGCAAGCUAGACGAGGCUUUGAGGGGCAAAGCGCGCUUUGCCAAACUGAAGAGCAUCGACAGAUGUGUAGAGAAGCUCUCGAGGGCGUAUGCUGGGGACGUGUCGAGGCUCGUGGACAUCGUAAGGCAGAGCAUCAUGUUCGAGGAUCUGAAGGAGCUGCAUGCGUGCUUGGAGAUGAUUGCUGAAGAUCCAGACCUCCAAGUCAUCCGAGUCAAGAACAGGUUCGAUCGCCGCUACGAUGCCCGGCAGACAGGGGGAUACAGGGACGUGUGCUUGAACGUGUGCCUGGUGACGGACGAGACGUGGAGGGUCGGGGUGUCGGGGCACGUGUGCGAGCUGCAGCUGGCGCUGUGCGACUACAAGAUGCGUGCGACGUCAGGGAAGGGACACAGUCGGUAUGUCUCCUACAGGAACCUGCGCUGCGAGUAA